AUGAGGAUCUCCAGAUCGUCUCCAUGGCCGAUUCUCGUAGCCUUCAUAGCAGGCACUGUGAUUUUGGGGGUUCUGACGAGCUCUUUUCGCGGCGUGUGGAACCCUCGCGAAGGGCUCGAAUUCGUGGCCAGAACUCCCUCCGGCGUGCCCGGAUUUCCUCCGGCGUUCGCCUACUUGAUUUCCGGCACCGGCGGCGAGAGCAAGAGGAUGCUGAGGCUUCUGAAGGCGGUCUACCACCCGAGGAACAAGUACCUUCUCUACAUGGACGCGGUGUCAUCGGAGGAGGAGAGAACUGCCUUAGCCGUCUGCGUGAGGUUGGAGAAGGUUUUUAGGGUUUUCAGAAAUGUUCAUAUGGUGGGCAAGAGCUACGCAGUCGACAGCACAGGCCCGUCCUCUCUCGCUGCAACGCUGCACGGCGCCGCCGUGCUCCUGAAGAUGGGGGGCGAGUGGGACUGGUUCGUCACCUUGAGCUCCUCGGACUACCCGAUCGUCACCCAGGACGGUAAGCUUCCGCCAGCACGCUCACCUCCCUCCUCCGAUCGCGAUUGGAAGGCUCUGAGGUCUGAUCCCGUCUGUUCUUCAUCUUUCUGGGCAGCCACCCGGAGAGUAGGGGAAUCCGAUCGAUUCAUUUAUAUUCAUUGGAUCAUCUGUUCAUUUCCCUUUCCAUAGAUAGAUAAAAUUUCCUUCUUUUUUCCUUUUUGUUAGAUCUUCUCCACACCUUCACCGAUCUGCCGAGGGACCUGAAUUUCGUUGACCACACGAGUGAUCUCGGCUGGAAACGGUGAGUGGCGGCAUCUCUUUCACUUCCUGCCGCAUAAUCUGGUUCCGCUCCCGUGAUUAAUUGACUUCGCAUACACCGUGGUCAGGUACCAUCGAUUUGAAAGAAUCACCGUUGAUCCGAAUCUCUACAUGGGCAAUAAUAGUAAACCCUUCAUCGCCAAGGAAUCCCGCAGAUCGCCCGACGCAUUCACCAUCUUCACCGGUUGGUCUCCGCCUUCAUCUAGUUCGUCAUCCCCGUAUGACCUUGGUGUUCUUGACCGAGAAGGGAGCUAGACUGUUUGUGAUCUGAUCAUCCCCCACGACGUUGCAGGAUCUCCGUGGGUGAUUCUCAGCAGGAGUUUCGUGGAGUACUGCGUUCAUGGCUGGGAGAACCUGCCGAGGCAGCUGCUGAUGUACGCCGCCAACGUGCCAUUCCCUCUGGAGUUCUACUUCCACACGGUUCUCUGCAACUCCCCGCAGUUCAGGAAUACGACGGUCAACGGUGACCUGCGGUUCUUCGUCUGGGACAACCCCCCGAAGGAGGAGCCGCUCUUGCUCAACAUGACGCACUUCCGGCGGAUCGUGAGGAGCGGGGCGGCGUUCGCGCGGCGGUUUGCGGAGGACGACGUCGUUCUGAGGAAUCUGGACAGGAAGGUUCUGAGGCGCUCCUCCGCCGCCGGGAGGUGGCGGUGCACGGAAGGAGCGGCGGAGGCGGCGGAGAAGGCCCAAUGCGGGAGCUGGGGAGACAUCGGCGCCGUCGAGCCCGGGCCCUCCGGGAGGAGGCUCAAGAGCUCGGUUGCCGGGCUCGUGGCGGAAGAGAGGCGGCGCUCGGACCAGUGCAGGUCUCGAUGA